AUGGCUCCCGCUCUUCACAUUUCGAUACCGUCCACUUCCGUUGCCGACGCCUCUGGGAAGCCAUACACGGUCUACCACAUAGUCCUACAGCUCCCACUCCGAAGACAUGAGAUCAAGAAGCGCUACUCGGAUUUCCUACAUCUCGACCAAGAACUGAUCUCGCAGGCAGGUCCGGCUCCUCCUGUCGCCCUUCCCGGCAAGUCAUGGCUGCGACGCACCGUGAACAACGAGGCGAUGACCGAGGACAGACGGCAGGCCUUAGAAAAGUACAUCAAACACAUCGUAGAGUCCGACGACGCGCGAUGGCGGAGCAGCAGCGCGUGGCGAGCGUUCCUGAACCUGCCGACUGGUAUCACGACCAACACCACAGCAACCCAACGGCCAGGUAGCGACAGUAGCGCCGUGACCGACCCGAACCAGUGGCUCGACGUUCACCGCGAUCUGAAGUCGCAAAUACAAAGUGCCCGACAACAGCUUAAGCAAAGAGAAGCAGCGACGACGGCACAGCAGCAACAUACACUCUCCGCAGAAGCAAAAGCUAGCCUGGUGAGAGCGGCGACGUCAAUAGCACAGCUGGAUGAUGGCUUAAAGGCCAUGGCAGCAGCGAGGAAGGGCGACGAUGCAGGCUGGGCCGGCGCGAAACGUCUUGGGGAUGGAGAACUAAGGCGAAGGCGAGACUUGGUCGGCGCCGCGAAGAAAGAAGUAGAAGGUCUUGAAGCAGUUUUACGGAGCAUGGCGACAAAGACCGCCAAUGCAUCAAGCGGCAUAAACGCCGGUGCUGCAGCGACGGCAGGUGAUAAAGAGGGCCUGUGGCGAGGCACUGCCGCUGCGAAGCCUAGUGGGCGUGUACUAGGAGGACCGUUAAAGGAGACUGAACGAACGCGCGAGCUGGACAAUAAUGGUGUGCUGCAGUUGCAGCAGCAAGUCAUGCAAGAGCAAGAUGAAGAUGUCUUGUCGCUGGGCAAAACUGUGGCGAAGCUGAAGGAUAUGGGCAUUCAGAUCAACGAGGAGCUCACUAUCCAGAAUGAGAUGCUGGGUCUUGUUGAGCAGGAUGUUGAUCGUGUGCAAGGCAAAAUUGAUGUUGCGAGGAGGCGCAUCGGCAAGAUCAGCUAG